GAGCGCUUGUGGGUUUAAGUGGACAGCUCUAUGUUUCAAGCACAGAAAGAGAAUGGGCAAGAUAUUGUGCAUUUUGUCUGCAAUAGUUUUUGUCGUGAAAACUGACGAUGUCAGCGAAUUUAAUGCAACUAUCACAUCCGUUAACAUGACAUUGAACUCUACUGUUAACAGAACGAUAACUUUUAAGACGCCCGUGUUCUCAUUAUUAUCCACCACCACCACCACCACAGCCAAUAAACCAGUUUUGGGAAAGAAAAAUAUGCGAAAAAAAAAUGCAGAUGACAAGCGCAUCGAUCAAGACGAGGAUGGAAAACAUGAAACCAAGAAUGGCACAGCAGACGCAAAGAAAGAACCUGACUGUCCCCCGCUGGGUCUGAAGUCACUGAGGGUUGAUGACAGCCAGUUCCAGGCUUCAUCCUACCUGCGGAUGGGACUUGGCCCUCACAGGGCAAGACUCAAUAUACAGUCAGGUAUCGAGGACGGAGACAUGUAUGAUGGCGCGUGGUGUGCUAAGUAUGAGGACCAGCACCAGUGGCUGCAGGUGGAUGCUCUGCGCCCCACGCUGUUCACAGGAGUCAUCCUGCAGGGACGCAACUCCAUCUGGAGCUGGGACUGGGUUGAAACCUACAAAGUGCAGCUGAGUAACGACUCCGAGACCUGGAAGACCUGCAUGAACGGAACAGAGGAGGCGGUGUUUGUUGGAUCCCGAAAUGAACCUGAGACACCCUAUCUGGCCCUCUUCCCUCAGCCCGCGGUGGCUCGUUGGAUCCGCAUCAACCCCCUGACCUGGUACUGGAACGGGACAAUCUGUCUCAGAGCAGAGGUACUGGGAUGCCCCCUCCCAGAUCCGGACAACGUUUGGCAACACUUCUCUGAAAAACUGUCUGGCUCUAAAGAUAACCUGGACUUCAGACACCACAACUACAAGGAGAUGAGGAAGCUGAUGAAGGCUGUGAAUGAAGAAUGCCCUCGUAUCACUCGUAUCUACACCAUUGGAAAGAGCUACACCGGACUGAAGCUGUACGUCAUGGAGAUCUCUGAUAACCCAGGAAAACAUGAACUAGGUGAGCCAGAGUUCCGCUAUGUGGCAGGUAUGCAUGGCAACGAGGUGGUUGGCAGAGAGCUGGUGCUGAACCUCAUGCAGUACAUCUGUCGGGAGUUUAGACGAGGCAACCCACGCAUCGUCCGUCUGGUGACCACCACACGUAUCCACCUACUGCCGUCUAUGAACCCUGAUGGAUAUGAAACAGCCUUUGAAAAGGGUUCAGAGCUGGCAGGUUGGGCUCUGGGGCGCUACAGCUACGAAUGGGUCGAUAUGAACCACAACUUCCCCGACCUGAACAAUAUCAUGUGGGACGCCAAGGAGAAUGACACAGACGUGGUUAAAACAGCCAACCACUACAUCCCCAUACCAGAGUACUACACUAAAGAGGAUGCCUUCGUGACCCCAGAGACACGUGCGGUCAUCAGCUGGAUGCAGGACAUCCCCUUUGUCCUGAGUGCCAACCUCCACGGGGGGGAACUGGUGGUUACCUACCCCUUCGACUGCACCCGGGACUGGGCCCCUCAGGAAAACACCCCUACAGCUGACGAUAGUUUCUUCCGCUGGCUGGCCACGGUCUACGCCUCCACCAACCUGGUCAUGGCCAACCCUGAUAGGAGGAUCUGCCACUCUGAAGACUUCCAACAGCACAACAACAUCAUUAACGGAGGAGCCUGGCACACCGUCCCUGGGAGUAUGAAUGACUUCAGCUACAUGCACACUAACUGCUUCGAGGUGACGGUGGAGCUGUCGUGUGACAAGUUUCCUCAUGCCAGCGAGCUUCCUACAGAGUGGGAGAACAACAAGGAGUCUCUGCUUGUCUACAUGGAGCAGGUUCACAGAGGCAUCAAAGGAGUGGUGAGAGACAAGAUGACGAAGAAAGGCAUUGCAGACGCCAUUGUGAAAGUGGAAGACCUGGACCACGACAUACGAUCAGCGGCUGAUGGGGACUACUGGCGUCUGUUGAACCCCGGGGAAUACAAAGUGACGGUGUGGGCGGAGGGAUACUUUCCCUCCAUGAGGCGGUGCAACGUCGGGACCGAAGCACGCCCCACCAUCUGUGACUUCAUCUUGAUCAAGACUCCACGGCAGAGGAUGAACGAGAUCCUAGCUAAAGGGGGGAAGUUACCCCAGGAUCUACAACUGAAGCUGAGAGCACUGAGGCUCCGGAAACUAAGAGCCUCCACCAAGGCCAUCAACCAGCGGAGGGAGCACAGCCGCAAGGCCAGGGGAACACGGUUCGCUAGGGCACCACGCCCUCUCACACCCCUGGCCUGAGAGACAGGGGACAGACUGUGUCUCUAAUGACACCCUAUUCCCCACAUGGCUCUGGUCAAAAGAAGUGCACUAUAAAGGGAAUAGGGUGCCAUAGGGCUCUGGUCUAAAGUAGUGCACUAUAUAGAGAAUAGGGUGCCAUUUGGGACUCACCUUGAGGCUUUGAAACGACCGGGGUGUUUGAGAUGGACUACAUUGUAGUCAGCGACGACAGACAGACUGAAAUACAAAACGUCAAUGAGAAGUAAUUUUUAGGAAGGUGAUUUGUAAAUCCGACUGCAAUGUAGUCGAUCUGAAACAAGACACAGCGGCUUCAACACAAGUCUGUAUUCCCAGUGAAUGUUGUGAUUUCAGAUUUGAAUAGCAGAGUAGUACAGGGAGAUUUAAUGUGCUCUAACUAGCUUGUUGGGACACUGGUCAACAUGUCAGUUGUUUGUUAAAAAGGUAGAGAGAUAAUGUAGUUGAUGAGGCUGUAUCUUUACAUUGGUAGGAAUAUUUCAUACCUUCAUAACUAGUUGUUUGGCUUGUUGGGAAAGUGGUCAACAGUAGCUAGGUUUCCAUCCAAUUGGCGACAGAUUUUCAUGCGAAUAUAUUUAAAAAAAAUCUGCAUAAAAAAAAUCUGCAUAAAAAAAAUCUGCAUAUUUUCCCACCAAACUGGAUUUGUUGCGGAUAAAACAUCAGUCCGUGAUGACGUAGUGCGCACAAAUAGUACUUCUUCACUUAAAAGGUUUUCACGUUACCGAAUUAAAAUGUUUUUUCCAUCGCAUUUUCAACUCGUAUCGAUAGUUUGUUGCGCUGAAUAGCACACACGUGCGUACUCUAGCCAACAGCUCGGGUAAAGCCAUCUAUCUACAUGAUCAUAUUAUUAUGGAUCAGAGAGAAGAUAUUUUAGUUGUUGUCGACCCGGCAGUCAAGCAUCGAUCAUCAUGUCACCAGACUAAGGAACGUCCAGCUCACAGCAUCCAUUCACCACCCUGUGAUGUUCAUCAUAAGUCAGUUCAUCUGUAGCCUAAUAAACUACAUGGUUUCCCCGUAGUGAGAGGACCACACGCCAAUAUCAUCUCGUGACUCCCAACUUUACUUUGAUACGGUUCGAUAGCAAUUAUAUCAAUAUUUGCGCAUAAAAUACGCCAUUUCUCGCAUAAUUUAAAUUUUCCCGACAAAAAAAAAAAGAUGUUUGUCUGUCGACAUUUAUAAAAUUGUACUGAAACGACCUGUUUCCAUCACAGUUUCCAUUUGUCCAUUUUUUGUUUUUAUACGGUAUGACUUUACUGAAAUAGACACUGUGAAUGGAAACGUGGUUAAUGACAACAGGACGGCACAAAUAGAUCUGGGACCAGGCGUGUGAAUAUUCAGUUUAGUUUAUCCUCGCCACUGGUCUUUAGUACAGCUGUUUUUACACUAACUAUGAACAAUAUAGAAGAAGACCUUUUAUGAUGACGAGGGGAGGCCACGGCAGUAUCAGCUGGCCUGAUACGUUGUAUAUCAUUGUGUGUUUUGACUAUUUCAUUAAAGGACAAUUUGGGUA